UCAGCUAAGAUUUAGUGUUGUACGAAAGCACGUUAGUAUGUCUCGUAAUAUUUCAAGAAUAGGAAAUUCUUUUCAACGAAUUUUUAUUCAAAUGAACGAUUAUUCUAAGCUCAAACGAAAGCUAAGGUUAGUAGCAGUCAUUUGA